GAGCAGGAUUAGUUUUAUGGCCCUGGUGGUAGUUUGAUUCUUCUUCUGUACCGUGAACCUAAGGAAACACUCAUUGGAACCUGAUUGACCCACUCUUUGACCUUUAGAAAUAGCUGAUAUGAGAAGCCAAAAUGUCUUAUGAUACCGACCCAGGUCUCCCACUCUUGAUGAUCACAUACUCUCUCCCAGUUGUUCAUCCUUCUCAUGUCUUCCUCCAUACACUGUCUCCAGUAGGGAUGUACCGAUGUAUUGGUAUCGGUGGUAUCGGCACAAUUUAACCCGUCCACUGCGAUUGGAACGAAUUUGGCUUUCACUGGUAGCCUGAUAACAUAUACUCCCAUGUCUUUCUCUGCCUCUGUGGUGGAUAGUGGAGUGUUUCCCAUGUGGUAUUGGUGUGCUGGAUAUCCCUUCACUGGUAGCCUGGUAACAUACACUCCCAUGUCUUUCUCUGCCUCUGUGGUGGAUAGUGGAGUGUUUCCCAUGUGGUAUUGGUGUGCUGGAUAUCCCUUCACUGGUAGCCUGUUAACAUACACUCCCAGGUCUUUCUCUGCCUCUGUGGUGGAUAGUGGAGUGUUUCCCAUGUGGUAUUGGUGUGCUGGAUAUCCCUUCACUGGUAGCCUGAUAACAUAUACUCCCAGGUCUUUCUCUGCCUCUGUGGUGGAUAGUGGAGUGUUUCCCAUGUGGUAUUGGUGUGCUGGAUAUCCCUUCACUGGUAGCCUGAUAACAUAUACUCCCAUGUCUUUCUCUGCCUCUGUGGUGGAUAGUGGAGUGUUUCCCAUGUGGUAUUGUUGUGCUGGAUAUCCCUUCACUGGUAGACUGGUAACAUACACUCCCAGGUCUUUCUCAGCCUCUGUGGUGGAUAGUGGAGUGUUUCCCAUGUGUUAUUGUUGUGCUGGAUAUCCCUUCACUGGUAGACUGGUAACAUACACUCCCAGGUCUUUCUCAGCCUCUGUGGUGGAUAGUGGAGUGUUUCCCAUGUGGUAUUGGUGUGCUGGAUAUCCCUUCACUGGUAGCCUGGUUACAUAUAGUCCCAGGUCUUUCUCUGCCUCUGUGGUGGAUAGUGGAGUGUUUCCCAUGUGGUAUUGGUGUGCUGGAUAUCCCUUCACUGGUAGCCUGGUGACAUACACUCCCAGGUCUUUCUCUGCCUCUGUGGUGGAUAGUGGAGUGUUUCCCAUGUGGUAUUGGUGUGCUGGAUAUCCCCUCCCAAGCUGCAGGACUUUACAAAUUUUCUUCAUUGAAUUGUAGCCACAGACACCCCAUUCCUAUAGGUUGGUGAGGUCUUCUGGUAGGAAAUCCACAGUCAAGUGGCUAAUUUUCAAGGUGCAGGGUUAGGAAGGGACGACCCCAAGUGAGGCGAGUUUUGUGUGUAAAGUCCCGCCUAGGAUUGUUAAGGGUUGCCAAGGGGGUUGUAUGGUAACAGGGUUAUCAAGGAGUGACUGAGGGGCCAGGCUUAGAGCUGUAACAUUAUUGUGUUGAAUUUAGGCAACAGUCAAAGGAAUGUAUUGUUUUAUAAGGUAUCAAUAUUUAUACAGCUUAUUAAUCCCUCACUUAAUAUGCAGGUACUGCCAGAAGAAGACAAGGAGGAGGAGGAGGAGGA